CCUCUUCUUCUUCCCCCCUCCUCCUCCUCCUCCUCAUCCGCCUCAGCCGCUACAGGAGCGGAGAGAGGGAGAAGAGUGCGGCUGAACGUGCACGACAUGUCGACAGUCAGCCUCCUCUAAAGUCUUUUCUCGGUCGUUCCUCAAUUCUUUGGCGGCGGACUGAGUGAGUAUUGCCCGCAUCCCUGCUCUGCUGAGCGUCGCUGUGUGGAUCUGAGAGGCUGCUGCGAGAGACAAUGAGGAAUGCAAUUGGAUUGCGUUACUCUGCCAAGGAUUUUCAUACAUAGCCUGUGCGAUGAAGGCCUGAUGCCGGGCUGCAGCCCCAGGCUGUCAAGCUGAAAGGGAGAAGCAGAAGGAUGCAGUGGGUCACUCUGGCGGUGGCCCUGGGGUGCGUGCAUCUCUUCGAGGCGUCGCACACCCCCACCCCUACCCCCACCUCCACACACACCCCUCUGGUGGACAACUCCGAGGAGGAAGUGGACGAGCCCUGCUUUGAACCUUGCACGUGCGAGGUCAAAGAGAGCGUGCUGCAUGUGCACUGCGAUGGGCGGGGCUUCACUAAUGCCAGCCAGGUGUCACACUCGUGGGUCCGCCCUUUCAAACUCAACCUCCAGAGGAACUCUUUUAGACGUCUCUAUAGCAACGGGUUUCAGCACCUUGGCAACGCAGUGUCUUUAAACCUUGGCAACAAUGCACUCCAGGACAUCCGAGUGGGAGCCUUUCACGGGCUGGCCAAACUGAAGCGGCUGUACCUGCACGAAAACAAGCUGGAAGUCUUCAGAAAUGACACCUUCGCCGGGCUGGAGGCCCUGGAGUACCUCCAGGCCGACUACAAUGUGAUCAAACGGAUCGACAACGGCGCUCUGAGGUUUCUCUAUAAACUGCGGGUUCUCAUCCUGAAUGACAAUCUGAUCCCUGCCUUGCCCGCUCAUCUGUUCAGAUCUGUGUCUCUGACUCAUUUGGACCUGAGGGGAAACCGUCUGAAGAGCCUGGCAUAUGCUGGUACCCUGGAGUACAUUGGCCGCUCCCUGAUGGAGCUUCAGCUGGAGGAAAAUCCUUGGAACUGUGGCUGUGAGGCAGUGCAGCUCCAGCAGUGGCUGGCUCAGAUCCCCUACACGGCGGUUGUCGGGGAUGUUACCUGCGAAUACCCCUUCCACCUCCAUCGGAAAGACCUGCGGGAAAUCCCUCGCAAGGAACUGUGUGCAGACCUGCCGGAUAAAGAGCUCCAAGGGGAGCGGGGUGGUCCGUCAGCGGGAUCGCAGCCCAAGCACUUGACCCCCAACUCUAAAACCAACUCCAAUCCUGGGAGAGUCAGGCCCACGAAACCCUCCUCCAUGGUGCACGGUUCCCGCCAGAACACACACACUUCCUCCACUUCGUCAUCCUCUUCCUCAGCGGAGCGUAAAGACAGGGAGAAGCACUUGAGACCCACCAAAAGGCCGCGGCCUUCUAGAACGUCCCCCACCUCUCGCAGUCUGAUGCCCAACCCUGUUGCUGGCUACCAAACCCGCCCUCCCAUCCCCAUCAUCUGCCCCCUGGGCUGCACUUGCAGCCUGCACAUCACCGACCUGGGCCUCACCGUCAACUGCAAAGAGAGCGGCUUCCACAAUGUGUCCCAGCUCACGCCCCGCCCUCUCAACGGCCGCAAGCUCUACUUGAGCGGGAAUUUAAUCCAGAGGAUCUAUCGCACCGACUUCUGGAACUUCUCCAGCCUGGACCUGCUUCACCUGGGAAAUAACCGCAUCUCGUACCUCCAGGAGGGGGCCUUUUCCAGCCUGAUAACCCUGAGGACCCUUUACCUGAACGGAAACAACCUGGAGAGAAUCAGCCCGCACAUGUUUCUGGGGCUGCAGAACCUGAGGUACCUUUACUUUGAGUACAAUGAAAUUCACGACGUGGACCCCGGCACUUUAGACGCCAUGCCGUCCCUGGAGUUGUUGUUUCUCAACGCCAACCUGUUGAGGAGUCUCCCCCUCGGCGUGUUCUCAGGGGUCAGUCUGGCUCGACUGAACCUGAGAAACAAUCACCUCCUGCAGCUCCCAAUGGAAGGAGUGCUGGAGCAUCUCAAGGGACUGGUGCAGGUGGACCUGCAGCAGAACCCAUGGGAGUGCAACUGCGAAGCAGCGCCGCUGAAGCGUUGGCUGGAAGGGCUCAGCGCGGUGGUCGUGGUGGGAGAGGUGGUGUGUCACUCCCCGGAGAAAACCAAAGGUGUGGACCUGCGCUCGCUCUCCAUGGAGCUGCUGUGCCCCGAGCUGGAGCCCCGAGAGGACCAGGAGCAGGAGGAGCAGCAGACGGCGUCUUCGACAGACCCAAACGUGUCGGUCGGCUACCCCAGCACAGGACUGGGACUGCUCAUCCCCUCUGGGAUGGAUUCGAUCCCUCUCUCGGUGCUGGUGCUGAGCCUGCUGGUGCUGUUUGUCUCUGCGUUCUUCGCAGCGGCAGCACUAAUCGCCUACGCCCUGAGGAGGAGGGACAAGCUGCCGUUCCGCCGUCAGGGAGAGGUAGACUUGGCCGGCAUCCAGAUGGAGUGUGGGAUCUUCACGGAGCAGACGCACCACCACCACCACGGCCUCCCAGAGAAGCCGUCUUUACCGCCGCCGGAGCACAACCACGUCUACGACACCAUCUUGCCCCCUGAGGCUUCAUCCAAAGUUCCGGACGCUGCUGUGGCCUCAAAAAUGUGUAGCAACCCCAUCUACAAGGAGGAGCCGAGUGCGGCGGUCAAGCAGCGACAGACGUUUGAGGGGGGAUACUGCCCGGCCGUGGAGAAGGAGAGGGAAUGGGCCCUGGAGGUGUCCUCAUCGCCCAUCAACACUGUCACAGGAGCAGUGGGCUCGCUCCCCGGUCUCCACGGGAACGGCAUCCUCUGCCCCACCGUCAUCGACAGUCAGGGUCCCACCCCCAAAGUGGAACUGGUGGACUGCCUCUUCCGGCUCAGCAGCUCGGAGUUUCGAGAUCUACCCGAGCGGUAUGCGAGGCCCCCGCCGCGCUACCCGCACACGCAGGACUCUAAACCGGACGCGAGACCAAACCAAACGCUCGUGGUCACCACCACCACCAGCUCCAAAGCUGGUCACGGCAGCCAGAGUGAGCAGGGAGCCGGGGAGCAGAGGAGCAGACUGAGGACCACACCAGACUACAUGGAGGUGCUGGACCGCUCCUAUCAGUUUUAACACUCCUUUACUCCUCCUGUUUCUGCUGCCCUCCCUCGCCUGUCUCUUCACCAUCUCCCUUGAUGGGGAUGAAUCACCCAGUAACAAUGACUCCUGUACAAAGGUUGGCUUUGAGAGGAGCCCGUGGGGGAGCAGGACUACACUAAACACCAUGUUUAUUCCUGGAGCCGAGGUCGUUUUUUUUUUUUUUUU